UCCCCCGCAUGCGGCGGCCCCAGAAUCCCCGCCUGCUGCCUGCAGCCCCGCCGGCCCUCCGCGGCGGUCUCGGGGGCUGCUCAGGCGGGGCCUCUGCGCAGGGCGCGGGCAGCUCCAUCUACAUCCUGGAGCAGGAGGCGGCGGUCGUGCGGCAGAUACAGCGGCUCUUCCCCAAGUUCGCGGACACCCCCGUUUACAACGACGAGGCCGACCCGCUGGUGGGCUGGUCCCUGCCGCAGCCCUGGAGGGCCGACGUGACCUACGCUGCCAUGGUCGUGAAGGUCAUCGCACAGCACCAGAACCUGCUGGUGGCCAACACCAGCUCCUCCGUCCGCUACGCGCUCCUAAGCAACGACAACGCCUUCCUGAGUUACCACCCGCACCCCUUCUCUCAGCGCACGCUCACCGCGCGCUUCCAGGUCAACGACACGCGCCCGCCGCACGUGCAGCUGCUGCGCAAGCCGGUGCUCACGGCGAUGGCCCUGCUGGCCCUGCUGGACGGCGAGCAGCUCUGGGCUGAGGUGUCGCGGGGCGGGACGGUGCUGGACAGCAACCACACGGUGGGCGUCCUGGCCAGCACCCACCACCCCACUGGCCCCGCCGACGCCUGGCGCGCCACGGUGCUGGUCUACGCGAGCGACGACACCCGCGCCCACGCCAACCGCAGCGUACCCUUGACUCUGAGCCUGCACGGGGUGCCCCCGGGCCCGGACGUCGUCUUUGUGCAGCUCUACAUGGACAACUGGCUCUGCAGCCCCUACGGCGAGUGGCGGCGCCUGGGCAGGCCCGUCUACCCCUCUGCUGAGCAGUUCCGGCGCAUGCGCGCGGCCGAGGACCCGGCGGCCGAGAUGCCGCUCCCCUUUCCCAGCAGCGGCCGCCUGACGCUGCGCCCUGAGCUUCCUCUGCCCUCGCUCUGGCUGGUGCACGUGUGCGCGCGCCCGGAGGAGCCGCCGGGGCAGGUGACCCGGCUCCGUGCUCUGCCCUUGGCCCGCGGGCAGCUGCUUUUGGUCUGGUCCGACGAGCGUGUGGGCUCCAAGUGCUUGUGGACCUAUGAGAUCCAGUUCUCCCCGGAGGGUGUGGUGUACCUGCCCAUCAGCAGGAAGCCUUCGACCUUUAACCUCUUCGUGUUCAGCCCAGACACGGCUGUUGUCUCCGGCUCCUACCGGGUUCGCGCUGUGGACUACUGGGCCCGACCAGGCCCCUUCUCGAGCCCCGUGUGGUACCUGGGGGCCCCUUCUCGAGCCCCGUGAGGGCCCCUGCUGCCCCGCGACUGGACCCGUGCUGGCCGUGAGCCUGGGCGGCCAGAAGCCAUGCCGGGCCGGACUGCCGUCAGCCUCCCAGCCAGGCGCCCCUCUGUCCAUCCCCUCCUGCCUCUCAUUCGCCCCAUUAAAGCGCCUUU